UUACACUAUUUAAUUAGUUAGUAAUAUACUUAUUGUUUAUAUAAAAUAAUAAACAAAAAUGUUUAUUAAUAAAUCAAUUAAUUCAAUUAUAUGCAUACUUUAUAUGUUAUAUAAUUGUUGUGAUAGUGAGUUGAGGACAGGCCUAACAAUAACAGUGGUUAACAACAAUGCUUUAGAUGUGUUGUGUGUUUAUGAAGUACAGGAUGAACAAGAUUUUUAUGGACUAAACGUUACAUUAAAUGAUUGUAAUAUUUAUUCAUGGUAUCAUGGUAGAAAACCUGAUCCGAUAAAACAGGAAUCAUAUAAUUUGAAACUUAAAUUUGAUAAACAAAAUGGUAGAUUCAGUAUAUUGAAUGUCGAGGACAAUGGACUGGGAAACUAUAGGUGUCAUAUGGAGUACAAUCAAACAAAUAAAUUUAUUCAAACUAAAAAACGUAAACAAUUUAUAAGUCAACAGAAAGUCAAUGUCUAUCGGGAUAAACAAAAUAUACUGAAAAUUAGUGGCGUAGCUGUUAAUGAAAUAUAA